AUGAAGAUUCUUUCUUGGAAUAUUAGAGGGCUUGGUAGGCCUGAGAAUAGGAGGAGACCCAAAGAAGUUAUUAAAGAAAGGAAAGUGGAUAUGGUGCUGCUUCAAGAAACAAAAAAGGCAAAUAGUUCAGAUCAGUUUGUGAUGUCUAUCUGGCCCCAUGACCUGGUUGACUCCAUGUAUGUAGAUACUGAUGGGAGCUCUGGUGGCCUAUUAUGUGUGUGGAAGCUUGAAGUCUUCUCUCUAGUUGACUGUUGCUGUAAUAAGAGUUUCGUCAUACUAUCAGGUACCUUGUUUAGUAGCUUGGACUGUGUGAUUGUGAAUGUGUAUGCACCUAAUGAUGUGCUUGCUAGGAGAAGGUUAUGGGUCUCUUUGCUCAAUCUUAAGGUUACCUUCCUCAAACCGUGGUGCAUCAGGGGAGAUUUUAAUGAAAUCAAAUCAAUAGAUGAAAGAAAGGAUUAUGUACGAAGGGAUAGGGGAAUGGAAGAUUUUUGUAAUUUCGUAAGUAGCCUUAAAAUGAUUGACUUACCUAUGUUGGGUAGAAAAUUUACAUGGUGUAACUCAAUGGAAGGUGAGAGAUGGAGUAGGCUAGACAGGUUCCUUGUUGAGCCAGAACGGUUAGAAUGGUUUAGAUACAAACUUUGGGGCUUCCCUAGAUCCAUCUCAGAUCACUGUCCAAUUAUCCUAACGAAGGAUGUCAGAAAUUGGGGCCCAAAGCCUUUUAGAUUCAUCAAUGCUUAG